AUGUCGCAUACAGGUACUUUUAGGGGAACGCCCAAUAAAACCAUCGGCAGAGGAAGGCUGCCCGAAUUCGAGAACUCGAACGCCUCCCACAUCCCUCGACCCCGUCCCGACCGACCAGAACCCUCCGCUGUUCCCCACCCCCCGUCGAGCGACCUUGGUAGUGGCACCAUGAGCGCCGCCAGUAGCAGACAACGACAGAACCAGUCGAAGCGUGAUGAGGCUAUUCGCCGCAAGAUGGAAGCCGAUCUUAACAAGAAGAAGCAUCACCCGACGAAGGCGAGAAAUUCCCGGAAGGCCCCUCCCGGCACCGUUCUUGCCUUGAAGCCUAGCCAAGCUCUCCAGAUCAAGCCCUCCCUCAGCAUUGCGGAGGCCGCGCAGUUGAUGGCUGCCAAGCGUGAGGACUGCGUGUUGGUAACAGACGACGAUGAUCGAAUUGCCGGUAUCUUCACCGCGAAGGACUUAGCGUUCCGUGUGGUGGGCAUGGGCCAGAAGGCCCGCGAAGUCACUGUCGCCGAGAUUAUGACCAAGAACCCCCUCUGUGCGCGGACAGACACCAGCGCUACCGAUGCCCUUGAUCUGAUGGUUCGCAAGGGCUUCAGACACUUGCCGGUCAUGGAUGAGAACCAGGACAUUUCGGGUGUCUUGGAUAUCACCAAGUGCUUCUACGAUGCGAUGGAGAAGCUGGAGCGAGCUUACAGCUCAUCCCGGAAAUUAUAUGAUGCGUUGGAAGGUGUACAGACGGAAUUGGGCUCAAGCCAACCCCAGCAGGUCAUCCAAUAUGUCGAGGCCUUGCGCCAAAAGAUGUCUGGUCCGACCCUUGAGACUGUUCUUGAUGGCAUGCCGCCGGUGACUGUCUCUGUCCGAACUUCGGUCAAGGAUGCUGCAGCGCUGAUGAAGGAGCACCACACUACCGCUUUGCUUGUGCAGGACCAGGGCUCUAUCACUGGUAUUUUCACCAGCAAAGACAUUGUUCUCCGUGUCAUUGCCCCUGGCCUUGACCCGGCCACCUGCAGCGUUGUUCGCGUUAUGACUCCUCACCCCGACUUUGCGCCCUCCGAUAUGAGCAUCCAGGCUGCUCUUCGUAAGAUGCACGAUGGUCACUACCUGAACUUGCCUGUCAUGAAUGAGUCGGGUGAGAUUGUUGGCAUGGUGGAUGUGCUUAAGCUCACCUAUGCUACCCUGGAACAGAUUAACACCAUGUCGACUCAGGAUGAUGAGGGCCCUGCCUGGAACAAAUUCUGGUUGUCGAUGGAUCACGAGUCCGACUCCAUGGUCUCCGGUAGCCAGCAACCGCAUACGCCCAUCCGCUCUGUUAUGAGCCCCGACCUGACCAGGUCACAAUACGAUAAUAGCGUGCUCCCGAACGAGUCUGCCUCACACCACGGCGGAGAGGAGCACUCCGAGGUUGCCUCCCAUAACCAUCAUACCCAUGCAGAGAACGUUCCAUUUCCCUUCAAGUUUAAAGCCCCUAGCGGCCGUGUGCACCGAGUGAACGUUUUGGCUACUUCUGGUGUCGCCGACCUUGUCUCGCAGGUGACUGCGAAGCUUGGCUCUGAGCUUGAGGCUGUCGGCGGCGAGGCUGUCGUUGAGGAGGGUAGACUCAGCAAUACCGGCUACGCUCUGAGCUACAUGGAUAACGAGGGCGACACCGUCUCUAUCACAACUGACCAGGAUAUGCGGGACGCCAUUGACCUUAGUCGCCGAACCCACCGUGAGAAGGUUGAUCUCUUUGUUCAUGACCCUAGCCAACCCCCCAUUCCCGCCACCCUUGAUCCGCAACCCGCUAAGCCGGCCACUCCUGUGAUCGAUGACCAGAGCACCACGACCGAAGACCGUCCGGCCGUUGAAGAGCCUCUGUUGAACAAGCCUCGCCAGGCCUUCCCCUCGCAUGGCCCCGAGGAGCAGUUCAUUACUGGUGUCCCCAAUGAGCUGCUACUUCCGGGUGCGAUCGUCACCCUGGCUGCCGUCAUUGCGGGUGUGUUUAUUCUGAGUCGGCCCAGUGGCCGUUAA